AUGGCUGGAAAUGCCAUAACUCUGAGCGGGGGAGGGCGCGGUCCGUCAGUCGCAACCAUAGCCGCGCUCGCCGCCGCGGCGACAGCUGUCGGCCUCUCAUUGGUCGUACUGCGCGGGCUGCGUCAAUGGGCCAAACGCGCACACAAAUGCGCGCCGCCCAGCAAUGGGCGGCGGCGCUUGUCGUGGCGCAGCGUGUUUACCGGCGAGAAGCACGGCGGUGCGGAAAGGGAGCGGGAGCAAGAGCGCGUGGCUCAUCUGAUUCCGCUGGUGGAACGAUCGGCGAGUUCGGGCAAAGUGAAACGGAUCGAGCGAUUCGGCGAAUACGUGGUCAUAUCGGUCCAGUCCCAACCCACUAUCCCUCUUCGCCUCCCCUUCAUUCCCAAUCCAUAUCCUUCCCUGUCCCCUACCCAGUCCCCUAUUCGACAGUUUUCCCUUCCCCCUACCGCCCUUCUCCCCCCUUCCGCCACGCGCCUUCCUCCUCCGCCACGCCCCGACCCCGUUCCGCCAUUCCCCCUUUUCCCGUCCGCCGCUCCGCUUCCCCCUCCGCCAGUGCGCCAGCUGGGCCUGCCCACGGACCUGGCGGCGGCGGCGCUACUGGCGCAGGCGGCGGAAGACUACGUGCGGGGCGAUAAGAGCCGCGCCAACCUUCUCCCUUUUUCGCCCCUCCCCUUCCCCAUUCCGCCAGUGCGCCAGCUCGGACUCCCCACGGACCUGGCGGCGGCGGCGCUACUGGCGCAGGCGGCGGACGACUACGUGCGGGGCGAUAAGAGCGCAUCCGAUAAGAGCCGCGCCAAUCUGCUCGCGCUCGUCGCGCAGACGGGGGGCGUGCGCGUGGUGGGGAAGGGGGAGGCAGGGACGGAGGCGGGGGCGGAGGCGGGGGCGGAGGCGGAGGCGGGGGAAGAGGGGGGCCCGGGGGCGGGGGCGGGGUUGAGGCGGGGGUCAGAAGAGGAGAUGGAGCGGUUGGGGGAGGAGCUUACCGCGGAGCUGCACGCGUGCAUGCUGUCUUACUUUGGCUUCCACUGGCCGCACUCCGCCCUCAUGAUUGAACAGGUCUUCCGAGGCCCGAGCAGCAAGCUUCACUUGCGGGACGCCGUUAACGCUGUCAUUCGGCAGCGGCGGUUCAACGAGGCCAUAACGUGUCUGCGCCCGCAGCAGCGCUUCUCCCAGCUGCUGGAGGAAAUGAAGGUCCUCGGCUGUGGUCCCGGCCAGGGGGGAGCAGGGGGAACAGGGGGAGCGGGGGGAGCGGGGGGAGCAGGGCAAGGGGGAGUGGUUAAGAGGGAAGCAAGGCAGGGGGGAGUAGAUGAGGGGGAAGCGAGGCAAGGGGGAGUGGGGCAAGGGGGAGUGGGGCAAGGGGGAGUGGGUGAGGGGGAAGCAAGGCAAAGGGGAGUGGGCGAGGGGGGAUUCGGUUCAAAGGGCAGCAGUAGAGCGGAGGACAGUGAGGGAGUGGGUAAUGGUCCUGCGAGUGGCAGUCCCACCACCCACUCUCCCCCUCACUCCCUCUUCCACUUCCCCACUUCCUCCCCCUCUCGCUCUCCAUCCCACUCUCCCUCCCGCUCUCCUCCUCACCCUCACUCCCCGUCUCAUGCUCGCUCGCCCUCCCACGCGCGUCCCUCAAGUGCGGAGGUCCCAAGGGAGGGGGAGGUGAUGGUGCCGGCAGCAGCGGCGGUGCGCUCGCCCGUGCUGCUGCUGAUAGGGGGGGGCAUGGGUGCUGGCAAGUCAACAGUUGUGAAAGAAAUCAUGAAACGCACCUUCUGGGCGUCACACGCAGUGGUGGUCGAAGCAGACGCAAUUACAGAAAAGAAAGCAUUUUUCUCAGCGCUCUCUCUCACUCCUCCUCCGCGUAUCCCCCCCCCUUCCGCUGCUCUUCCGCAGCACUUUCUGGUGGUUGUGGAAGCCGACGCCUUCAAAGAAAAAGACGCGAUUUUUCGAGCGCUCUCCGCCGACCGUCUGAGUGACGCCGCCCGGAUCUCGCAACUCGUGCACGAGGAGUCAACCCGGGCGGCGCAGUCAACGCUGGUAACCGCGCUGAACGAGGGGCGGGACGUGAUAUUCGACGGGACCAUGUCGUGGGCCCCGUUUGUGCAGCAGACGAUCGCGAUGGCUAGACGUGUGCAUGAGAGGAGGUUUAGGAUGGGGCCGGGCUAUCAAGUGAAGGAGGAUGGGAGUGUGGUGGAGCGGUAUUGGGAGGAGGUGGAGGAGGAGGGGAGUGAGGGUGGGGUGGAGGAGGGGAGGGCGAAAGAGGGUAAAGAGGGGGUGGGGCGCGAGAGAGGGGAUGGGGAGGAGGAGAGGAGGAAGGACAAGCCAGGAACGGAGGGUCAGCACCAGCCGAAGCGGCACAGCAGUCCACGGAGGGCGCUGGGAUCGGGCAGAGGAAGCCAUUGCAGCAGCGAGAAGGGACAUGGGCAGGGGCAGGGGCAGGGGGGCAUGCAGGGGACACGGCAGGGAGGGGGAAUGUGGUGGGAGAGGAGAGGGCAGGGGGGAAGCGGGGAGCAGCGGCUGCCAUACCGGAUUGAGCUGGUGGGCGUGAUGUGCGAUGCUCACCUGGCUGUGGUGCGCGGCAUGCGGCGGGCCAUUCUGACAAAGAGAGGAGUGCCAGUGCAUGAGCAGCUGCGGUCGCACAAGCUGUUUGCCAGCAGUGUGGAGGCGUACUGUGAUCUAGUUGAUGUGGCAACGCUUUAUUCGACUAACCACAUGGGGGGACCUCCACAGCUCAUUGGCUACAAGGAAGGCACUCACGGAAAGGUUAGAGAGGGCGAGAAGGUGGUUUCCGGCAGCGAGCGCGCAGGCGUCAUGUGCGGCCCGAUGGUUCCCGUGGAUUCCGGACUAGAUCCGAUCAAGCACACGCAGUACCCGUACGUGACGGGCGCGUCGGUGCUGGCGAUGAAGUACAAGGACGGCAUUAUCAUGGCGGCUGACACCAUGGGAGCAUACGGGCGUACAAUGCGGUACAAGUCGGUGGAGCGCAUGCAGCAGGUGGCGCCUCACACGGUGAUGGGCGCUGGAGGGGAGAUCAGCGAUUUCCACUUCAUCCUCUCUCUCUACGAGGAACUCCUCACAAACGACUAUGCAUUUGACGACGGGCACGUGCUGUCAACGCGAGAGGUGUUCAACUACAUGACGCGAGUCAUGUACAACCGCCGCAACCGCUUUGACCCGCUCUGGAACUCCAUUGUCAUCGGGGGGCUGGACAAGGGUGAACCGUUCCUCGGCUCGGUGACGAUGAUCGGAGUGCACUACACGGACGACCACGUAGCAACGGGGUUUGGCAGCCACCUGGUGCGCCCGCUGUUCCGCAACGAGCACCGCAACGACAUGAGUGAGGAGGAGGCAGUCAAGCUGCUGGAGAAGGGGCUGAGGGUGCUGUACGCCCGCGACAGCAGCGCGCUUAACAAAUUCCAGAUUUCGAAAGUGACAGCAGAGGGGGUGACAAUAUCGAAGCCAUUUGCACUGAACAUUGAGUGGAACUACGCACAUUUUCAAAACGCGGUGCCUGAUAAAUACAGUGGUUCUUGGUAG